CUCUCACAAAAACAUUUUCUAUUAGGGAAAAAUAAUAACCUCAAAACCACUUAUUUUGUUCUUUCUUUCUCCUUCUCUCGGUGUAAGAAAAUGGAAGGAAGACAAUAUUACGCUCCAAGAGAAAACAUAGACGGGAACAGAACAGCCAUGGGAGGACCUCACUCGCCGUGGCAUUCACCGAUUCCUUAUCUCUUCGGUGGUCUAGCGGCGAUGCUUGGUCUCAUCGCGUUCGCUCUUCUAAUCCUCGCUUGCUCCUAUUGGCGUCUCUCCGGUUAUCUCGACAGUGAGGAAAACCAGAGCAGGGACAGAGAUCUUGAAGCCGGUGACGCGAAACCUGAGAAGGCUGUAGCUUUGCCGGAGAAGUUCUUGGUGAUUAUGGCCGGAGACGUGAACCCCACUUACUUGGCGACGCCGGUAGAAAAAACCUGUACUUCUGAUGGUGAAGAUGGUGAUGAUGAGGUAGACGGUAAUGAUCAGGUGGUGCAGAAGAGUAGUGAUAGUAACAGUGCGACACAUUGAGAAACAGAGGAUGCGAAGGGACAAACAGAGGAUCGUCUACUUUGAACAGUUCUGAAGAACUGGUCUGUAUCUGACUCGGUUGCUUCUGGUUACCGGGUCGGGUCAGAGCUCUACAUGAUGGGUCUGACUCUUAAAGUGGUCAAUAAUUACUAAACAAACAAACAGAUGGAAUUGGGUUGUGUUCUGAUUAACAAUGUUAUUUAAUCUCAAUUUUUGCAUCAUUAAUUUUUUUAGCC